AUGGGAACAUUGAUGCUCUACUCCAUAGCAUUAGUACAUAUUUGUACAGUCUUGUUCAACACCUGCAAUGCUGCAAGGCUCGGACCAGCUUCUGCGAAAUUUCCUGCCAUUCUAGUCUUUGGCGACUCAUCAGUUGAUACCGGUAAUAACAAUUAUAUUCAUACAUUGUUUAAGGCCAAUUUUCUUCCAUAUGGUCAGGAUUACCCAGGUGGUCCGACAGGGAGAUUCUCUAAUGGAAAACUUAUUCCUGAUAUGAUGGCCUCUGUACUCAAGAUCAAAGAGGCUGUCCCUCCAUUCCUGGAUCCACAUUUGUCCGAUCAAGAAAUCGUCACUGGUGUUUGCUUUGCAUCAGCUGGAUCUGGGUUUGAUAAUCUAACAAAUGCAGCAAAUAAGAUCAUCCCAGUUUUUAAGCAAAUUGACCACUUCAGGAAUUAUAUUGCAAGGCUAGAAGGCAUUGUUGGAGCAGGAAAGGCUAAGCAAACAAUUAGCGCUUCUUUGGUGCUUAUUAGUGCAGGAACUAAUGACGUAUCUGGUAAAAAGAAGGAAGAUUCUAAAUACCAAGAUUUUUUGCUGGACAGAUUGCAAACUUUUGUUAAAGAACUUUAUGAUCUUGGUUGCCGCACUAUGAUUGUAACUGGCCUUCCUCCAGUUGGUUGUCUACCCAUCCAAAUGGCCAUUGCUGGACGAAAUUCCUCCGAGCGAAAGUGUUUGGAAGAUCAAAAUUCAUAUGCUCGAUCUUUUAACCAAAAGCUUGUCAAGAUGUUGACACAAAUACAGCAAACGCUUUCAGGAACCAGAAUGGUCUAUGCAGAUACGUAUACGAUACUGAUUGAGAUGAUCAAUCACCCAGAAAAAUAUGGAUUUGUGGAAACAAAGAAAGGAUGCUGUGGGACUGGAGUUGUCGAGAUGGGACCCCUGUGCAAUCGACUAACUAAAACAUGUAAAAAGGCUUCGGAAUACGUAUUUUGGGACGCUAUUCAUCCCAGUCUAGCAGCCUAUCAGCACAUUGCUAAAUCCCUGGAGGAUGGAGUUGUUCCCAUGUUACUGUAA